GCUGCGCGGGGACCCGCGGCCGCCCGUCCGCCGCUGCCCCCCCGUGCCCCCGCCCCGAGCGCAGCGGGAGCCGCGGCGGCCGCAGCCGCGUUGCGGCGGGGAGGUGGGAGCCGCGCUUGGCAGCCGGGAGAGGGAACGUUAUAAAAAGCCUUUGUCUCGGGACUCAGCAUCGCAUCUCUCUCCUGCCGCCCGACGUGCUGCCGGCGGGGGCGAGAGCCACAUUUUCGGCUCGUUUGUUCUUUUCGCCGCCCCAGGCAUGUCUUGACACAGCCGCGAGAGAGCCCGGCGUUUCCGUGCACUUCCGACGGAUGUCUUCGGCUGGGGCGAGAGCGGUGGGGGUUUGAGACUUGGUAGCGUAUCUGGGUGCGAGCGUCCGUGAGAUUCCCAUGAUCGCGGUGUGAAGGAGGAAGGACGGGAAGAAAGAAGCGGUUGUGUUGGUUUCUCUUCUUGCUGGGUCAGCCUUCCUGGAUGGUUGCACUACUGUCUUGUGGACACAUUGUCAAGCGCGCACAGAGAAAGAGGCUUGAUUAUUUCCCCCCGUGUUUGGUUUUCGUCGUGAUCUCUGUGCAGAAAUCCGCACUUUUCUCCCAGUUCGCCGGUCCGCACUGAGCAGCAGGAAUAUGCUCAUGAAGGAGUACCGGAUCUGCAUGCCUCUGACAGUUGAAGAGUACAGGAUUGGCCAGCUGUACAUGAUCAGCAAGCACAGCCAUGAGCAGAGUGACCGAGGGGAGGGGGUGGAAGUGGUGCAGAACGAGCCCUUUGAAGACCCCAACCAUGGCAAUGGGCAGCUGACAGAGAAACGUGUCUAUCUCAACAGCAAGCUGCCUAGCUGGGCUAGAGCAGUCGUUCCCAAAAUAUUUUAUGUUACAGAGAAGGCCUGGAAUUAUUAUCCUUACACAAUCACAGAAUACACAUGUUCCUUUUUGCCUAAAUUCUCCAUUCAUAUAGAGACGAAGUACGAGGACAACAAAGGAAGCAACGACAGUAUUUUUGACAAAGAAGCGAAAGACCUGGAGCGAGAGGUUUGCUUUAUUGACAUUGCCAGCGACGAAAUUCCCGAGCGCUACUACAAGGAAUCAGAGGAUCCCAAAUAUUUCAAGUCACAGAAGACUGGGAGAGGCCAAUUGAAAGAAGGCUGGAGAGAGACCCACCAGCCAAUUAUGUGCUCCUACAAACUUGUGACUGUGAAAUUUGAAGUCUGGGGACUUCAAACCAGAGUAGAGCAAUUCGUACACAAGGUGGUCAGAGACAUCCUGUUGAUCGGUCACCGGCAGGCGUUUGCCUGGGUGGAUGAGUGGUAUGACAUGACAAUGGAUGAAGUCCGAGAGUUUGAACGAGCCACUCAGGAAGCCACCAACAAGAAGAUCGGGAUUUUCCCACCGGCAAUAUCUAUCUCUAACAUUUCCAUGCCUUCCUCAACCCGCAGUGCUCCAUCUAGUGCUCCAUCAACUCCUCUCUCCACAGAUGCUCCUGACUUCCUAACAGUUCCCAAAGACCGGCCUCGGAAAAAGUCUGCUCCAGAAACUCUCACCCUUCCAGAUCCAUCCAAAAAAACCUUUUAAAUUAACCCUGCAUGUUUCCUCCUGAUAAGCCAUGUCUGCCACAGCAAGAGUGACAUAACUCAAUUGCUACAAAGGUCGUGGUGAUUUGUUGGUUGUUUUUUUUUUUUUUUUCUUGCUUAAAAUAAUCUUCCCGGUGUGGAAAGGUGACUUCUUUCCUCAGACUCGAUCCUUAAAACCUUCUGAGAAGUGCAUGCAAGAGAACAUAGUUUAUAUAUUCCUAAAGUAGUGUUUCAAGCCAUAUGGUGCAUCUUACUGACAUCCAUGGAAAAGUCUGAGGGGAUGCUCUAAAUGAAAAUCAAUCCUCCUGUAGCAGAGUCCUGCCUGCAAACCCUCAUCUAGGUCACAGCAUUUAUAAUUAGGAGUAGGUAUUUAGUAAAGCUGCCAAGGACUUCUGAGGCAAAUUAGUGCCAACUCAAACGCAGGGUUAACAGGAAAAAAAAACCUUCCCAUUUUCUUCUUUUAUAGCUGAUUUUAAAAUCCUUCCUACUCUCAGGCUUCUCCUGUGUGUUUAUAAACCUUUGACCUGUAACUCAUUGUACUGGAACACCAACAGAUUCACAUUUCUCUCAAUAUGACUCAGGAUUUGGGGCCUAAAACACAAAACACAAAUCUUUUCAAACCUAAAGUAUCACUGUAUCAAAGCCCCAAUUGUAAUUAAUUAUACUGACUUUGAGGCCAUUGAACUAUUUCUAUCUUGCACAGAAUUUGUAAAAGAAACCACCUAUUUCUUGUAGAUAAUGUAUUUUACUAGCUCUGCCCUGUCCCUUUGUGAGCUCAGAGUCCGUGUGGUGUUCAUCAAUGGUGUUCUGUGCUUGAGGUUGACAAAGAGCAGCUAAAAUGUGCCAGUUGAGAAGCCAAACCAAUGAAUUCUGUCUUUUCCUUGCUGGAAGAAGAGUAGUAGUCAGGCUGUGAAACCUUGGAUGUAAAGGAAAGAAAAUAUGAGGCUCUGUUUUCUUUCCUGCCUCACAUCUUUCCUAAACAGCACAAUCUCCUGGAUCAUCUGGGGAAGGGGGGGACAAAAUCAGUCACUUUAAGAAGCAAACGAACCAUGGGUGACCUUGAGGAAUCAGGAGUGUUCCUCUUGGUCUGGCUGUGCAAUCAUUCUUCAAUCUCAGGAAUUCAAAUGUAGACAAGGAUGUUUCCCAGAGGGAAGUGUAGGUUGUGAAAGGAGGAGUAAAAGGAGUGGCAGGAGGGUUCUCUUCCUUCCUUCCAAUUCAAAGUGUGAACUCGGUGAGACCCUUUCCCUGCUGACCCUGAUUUGGGGCACUUUGCUCUCUCCCACACAAGUUGCUGUUUGGUGGCUGCUGGCAGGACCUGUCUCCUGGUAGCUGUUCAACAAGCUGCUGUUCAAUCCCCAGGGAAUGACAGCUCCCACCUGGAUCAUGGCCAGAGCAGGGGAUGUUUUGUACCACUGCUGACCUGGGGCAUUGAAACAAGAGAGUCCUGCAGAGCUGAGCUGUCACUGAAUAUUGAACAAUCAGUUUGGGGGGGGCCCCUCACCUGGGCAGGAGGUCACAGUGGCUGGAAUGCAAGAACUCCUGGAUAGAUGCAGCUGCAGUCCAAGUUACGUGGAAUGUGUGGCAUUUAGGGGGUAGUUUUAGUAGCAGGAGAAGUAAUUCCAUUGCCAACUUGCACUGCAAACAGGUGUAUGUUUGUCUGAUAGUGACAAUCCUGUAGCCAGCAAAAUCCAGGAGCUCUCUGUGGGUUUGACUUCCUGUGUUCUCCCAGUCCUGUCCAUGCUCGGCUUUGCUUUUCUUCCCAAAGCUGGGAAUUCUGAGGGAUUGGUACCUGAUGGGUGAUGGUUGGUUUGUUUAAAAAGCAGCUGCUGUAAUGAUGCAAACAAAACUUUCCUGCUUUGGUUUAUGAUUUCACUUUAACAAGGGUGCAGAUUAUACAAUCAUGAUUAUAACUGCUCUAAUCCUGUUUUUAUCAUUAUUAAUUAAUAUCACGAUUGGAACAUUGAAAUGAGGAGGAAGGUCUGAGUACUUCAGUGCAACACCUUGAGGCAAAGGGGUUGUUUUCAAUACUGACUUUUCUCAGCUUUCUGUUGUAUUUUCCAACAUGUUUAUUAGGAUUAAAAUAGAGAGAGUUUUGCAGGUGUUCCUCACUUCUUUUGCAAAAGUACAAGCUGUGAUUAUUUUCUGAGUACAUCUUCAGAGCAUGGUGCCAGGCACCACAGCCGUGUUCCUGUUCUCUGCCACGGGGACAGGAAUUCCAGGAUACAGCUCUGCUAGGACUUGGCAAGGAAUUUUUUAUCAAGGAUACAGUUCAGAGGAAAAAAUGUGCUUAGUUUGUUCGGGUUUCUAUGAAAACCUGCUCCCAGCUCUGCUUGUGCUUUGUGUAUUUGGGAUAGAACAAUCGUGGCAAAACAACUGGCAAUUCAGUGCAGCUUCAGAAGGGUUGAUCUCCUAAUAAAUCAAAAAGGGAGGGACCCAGAAAGGCUGUGAGGAGCAGCACGUUCCUGAAACACGUACUUAAUGGGACUUCUUAUGAAUGUAAUGGUCAAUUUUGUAAAUGACUGGAUAAAUCCUAUGGAAAGAAACUAUUUGACCUUAUUCUUUGGCUUUUUUUGAUUAUUCUGGAAGGUGAUUUUGUGACAUCUAGUAGCCAAUUUGCAUUAAUUGCUGCUGUAGAGACUUUGAAACUGAAAUAUUUGUUCCUUGAAUUUCAGUUUGUAACAAGACCGCUGUACUUUGUUAAAACUGCUUUGAAGCUUGCUGCACUAUAACUUCAAACUGAUGUGUUAUCCUUUGAAAUAAGCCAAAUGUAUAUGCUUUUUAUCAAAUAGUGAGUGCAGUAAGAGAGAAUUCAUGAUCUUGUCGAUAGGAGAUUUUCUGUUGCCAUUGUUUGGACUUGGUUUUCUAUGUGUAAGUUAAAAUUGCUAAAUAAGUCUAACAAUGUUUUGCUUUAAAUGAACAGCAUGGUCAUUGAAUUACGAUCUCCUGUAGUUUUGUGGUGUCACUAAAACAGGUUUUCAUUGGUUUAUUUCAUUUCUGUGAUAAUUUCUGUAUGUCCAGUAAUCCAUUUCUUUAAUUUAGAGUGCUGAUGGCAACAUCAGGCAAUGCAUCACCACCAUCCAAGAAGGACCAAGUCUUGAUUUGCUCUGCAUGUUAAAGAGUGCAAGGCUCAGCGGGAGAAUUUGACUGUCAUUUUUCUCAUUCAUAUCACUUAGUUUCUGGUUUUUUCCGAGUUAUUUAUUAUUUUUAAUAUUGUAUUUUCCCUUGCAUUUUGUUGUAAAUAAACUACCAACAACUAUUCUUUACAA